AUGGCGACCGCCACACCCACAGCAGAAAUCGACAAGCUCACAGCGGGCGUCAAGAUCCUCAUGACCGGAACCGAGAUCCUGAUCUUUCUCAACGACGGCGACCUCGUGGCAAGCCCAAUCAACCCAACACCAAAAACCCCACGCAUCUCCAUGCGACUCAACAAACUCCCAGACCACCUCUCCACCCGAACCUUCGUCUUUGAAGACCCCAAAGCUCUCGAAGAAUACUUCAAUUCCAAACCCACCCCAACAGCAACUCAUCUCCGCCUCGUCCCCAUGCAUCGAUUCAUAGACACUCCAUUCCCGAGUGUGAGCUUCGGACUGACAAACUCAUGGACACGUCAGUCACUCAAUCAGCCAUCCGAGGUAGGCAAAUUCUACACAGCCAUGCCAUUCCCCUACCCAAGUCUUGAAUUCGUUUCCAUCGAUCACGUCACAUAUCCCGAGGGACAGGAGUUCAUUACGCUCAUUACGGAUUGGAGGGCUGCUUGUCGGGCUGUUCCGAGGGGACACAAGGUUCAGGAGAUCACAUUUGAUUUGAAUGGGUCGAAGAAGCUCAAUUCGAGCUAUGUCUCCCGGGUGGUGCAGCUGGUAAGCACUGUUUUUGCUGUCAAGGCGGGUGGUCCAUUUCACAGUCGACUUUGUGAGGACGAGGCAUAUCUGUUCAAAGAUCGUGUGGUGAGGGCUUUGGCUUGGAAUGGGGGUUCUGGACCAAAGAAUGGGAUUUAUCGUCGAUUUGACAUCCCGUGUGUUUUAGCUGGGAAGGGUGAUCGGCUUGGUUGCGAAGGUUGA